AUGGACAAUGAGCAGCCGCAUCAGGAACUGGUCAAGUGCGUGGUCGUCGGCGACACAGCGGUCGGCAAGACCAGACUGAUAUGUGCCAGGGCCUGCAACAAGCACGUGUCACUCUCGCAACUGCUGACUACUCACGUGCCCACCGUAUGGGCCAUUGACCAGUACAGGAUCUACAAGGACGUGUUGGAGCGAUCUUGGGAGGUCGUCGACAAUGUGAACGUCUCCCUGCGUCUGUGGGAUACGUUCGGCGACCACGAGAAGGAUCGUCGUUUCGCGUACGGCAGAUCGGACGUGGUGCUGCUAUGCUUUUCGAUCACAAACCCGGUUUCCUUACGGAACUGCAAGGCGAUGUGGUACCCGGAAAUACGGAGGUUCUGCCCCCAGACACCAGUCCUGUUGGUGGGGUGCAAGAACGACUUGCGGUACAUGUACCGAGAUGAAACAUAUCUGAGCUACUUCCGCGACCGUAGUCCGUUCGUAAGGGCCACAAGGAAGAGCGACCUGGUGAUGCCUGAUCAGGCUCGAGCCGUGGCCAGGGAGCUUGGAGUGUGUUACUACGAGACCAGCGUCUUCACGUAUUACGGUGUCAAUGAAGUUUUCGAGAAUUCGAUACGGGCCGCGCUGAUCGCACGUCGUCAGCAACGGUUCUGGAUGACGAACCUGAAGAGGGUGCAGAGACCUCUGCUUCAGGCUCCCUUUUGCCCUCCAAAGCCAGUACCGCCAGAAGUAUGCCUGGCGGGGAGCACCUACGAGGAGAACAUGAGAACACUAUGGACGAAGCCGGUUCAUACGGACGUGACCUUGAUCGCUGGGAACUGCACGUUCGCGGCCCAUCGGUGUCUCCUAGCUGCGGCGUCGCCGGCGUUUCAUCGACUCUUUACCAUGGAACUGAUCCAGGAGCAGACACCAAGGAGUUCCAGUGAAUCUAGCAUGGUGAGCACGUUCGGCGAGGCGACCGUCGGCGAUUUCAACGACGACACCGAGUGUCUGAUUCGUAUCGAUCAGUCAAAACCCUCAAAAGUCUGGGAGCAGCUGAAGCGGCGAUCAAGCUUUCAAGUACUGCCCACGAUGGAUAAUCAGAGGAAGGCGGCUGGAGCGACGAGGGAGCUGAACCAUCCAGCCUUUCAGAACAUCCGUGUAUGUCUGACCGAAAGCACGAACGGAAUGCAGCAACCAACGACUGUGGUGACGCUGUCGAAGCUGAUCACCCCGCAGGCUAUGCAACAGUGUCUGCAGUUCAUUUACACGGGCAGCAUGGAUAAACGGUAUCACGAUCUGCAGACAGCUCCUAUCGGGCUUCUACUGGAAAUCAGGCAGGCAGCCGAAUUCCUAGAGCUUCCUCAACUGCUGAUGGUGCUGGGGACGUUGCAUACUAGAGAUCAGUUCAAUAACGAUCUGAACGACAGGUACAAGCAAGUGGUGAGGCAACGACUGGAGGAUAUUUGUCUGGAUCAAGGACUGUUUGCUGACGUGGUGUUUGACUUGGACGAUGGAAGCGUACCGGCACACAAAGCGAUUCUCACUGCCCGAUGUGACGUAAUGAAAGCCAUGUUCUCCGGUGAUUUUCGCGAAAGUAGCGCGAAAGUAAUAGUGUUCCCUGGAGUACGCGAGUACACGUUCCACAAGUUGCUCUGCUACCUGUACACCGACGAGGUGCCGGCAAUUUCCUCCGCCAGAUGCUUGAACCUUCUAGAACUGGCCAAUCGCCUGUGUCUACAGCGAUUGGUGAACCUAGUCGAGAGCCGAGUGAUCGAGGAUCUCGAGAGGUUGUCCCAGAACGACGGGAACGAAGCGGUGGAGAACUGUCUGAGGCUGCUGGAACCUUGCAAGUUACAUAAUGCUGAUCAGCUGGCGGACUGGUGCAUGAAUCACUUGUGCGUUAACUACAACAAGUUGUGCAAGAUGUCCCCCAGGAGUGUACGUCUUCUUCAUCCGGAGAACCAGGAGUACCUGAACGAGCAUCGAUGGCCUCCAGUGUGGUACCUGAAGGACUACGACUACUACCAGAAAUGCUUGGCAGAACGUGAUCGCGAGAACAAGCCCACGCUAAAGAGGAAUCGCAAUCAGUCCGGUUGCCUGUGCUUCUCCAGCUCCAUAAAGACGAGAAGAGAGAGUUCCGGAAACGGCGGUACAGCGUCAUCGGCAUCGAACGAUCCGCAGGCGGAACGUCCUCUGUUCGACUCGUCUAUAGAAUCCGGUGAACAGGUUGUAUGA